CCCCUCAGAACUGCUCAGCCCUCACCCAUGCACACUCAAAACCCUGCAUAAGAGACAACCACAAUUCACAUACAAAAGCAUGUGUUGUGUUAGCUUAAGUGCCAUAGUGGUUUAGCAUAUCUAAUUCCUCAUAAUACCCUGAUCUGCCAUGAAUUCGCUGUGCAGGUGGGAGAUACUCCUUAUUAGCGUAUGGAUACAAGUGAGCUUUGUGCCUGGGAUACAUUGCAAGAAUGGGAUUGUCGAUCUUCUCUCAAGGGAAGAUAUUAUGCUCUUGAAGAAUGAACCGGAUCCCAAAUGUUUCACCCGCACAGACAAGGAUUUCACCUGCUUCUUUGAGACUGCAGACAACAGGACUUAUGAUUUGUUCUACACAAGUUUUACAGAGAAAACGUGCAGCAUGUCUGUCCAGAGAACAGAAGAGGGCACUUUCCUCCACAUCUGCCCAUUUCCUAGCUCAGAUGUUUUUCUGUAUGUGACUACACACCUUAAAGUGGUGGAGCGCAAUACCAACAUCAUCCUCUACGAACGGAACGUCUCUGUGGAGGACAACUUUCUCCUGUACCCCCUCUUCAAUGUGUCUUUACACCAUAAUGACCAAGCAGGACAGCUGCGGGUUUCAUGGCAAUUAAAGAUCCCGCAAUACUGGGAAAAUUAUGUGAGCUAUCGGAUUCGAUUCUCCUCCAAGGGGCUGGGAGAGAAGAUAAAAGAGGCAAAGGAGGGUGACAUACUAGACUCUCUGGUACCAGGGGAGGAGGUUGAGGUCCAGGUCAGUGUCAAAUGUGGCUCCAAUUUAAAUGCAGCACACUGGAGCAGCUGGUCACACCCUGUGCGAGCCAUGGUCCCCCAAAGUGCAGAUGAUAUUUCGCUAAUGUGCUACACCUCUGACCUGCAAACCCUCACCUGUCAGUGGAAUGGGAGCAGAUAUGAUGAAGAGAAACUUUUCUACAAGAUGGGUCUCGGUGAAACUUUGGGCUGGACAGAAUGGACCGAGUGUCUCCCUGACAAGAACAUGACUGACCUGUGCCGUUUCCAAGGAGAUAAUUCCAGUAAAAUCAGGGUCAAGCUCAGCACUCCACUCAGCAGAACCUUCUAUAGUCCAGAGUUCAUGCUCAGCAACAGCAUAAAAACAUAUCCACCAAGGCAUCUCAGAGGAACACUGAAAAAUAAUAAGUUGUGCUUGAAAUGGGAAGCUCCACUUCCGUCUCUGUCGGCUGACCUGCAGUAUGAAGUUGGCUACCAGAUCAGAGGGGAGGAAACAUGGAUGAUGGUACCCCUGACGAAUCAGAGGGGCACUUGUCUAGAGGUUCCACCAGGCAGACAGUACAACGUUAAGUGCAGAGCUAAACCUAUCAGCUCCAUUCACUUUAGCCACUGGAGUGACUGGUCAGACGUGCUUACUGGUGACACCCCCACUGACAAUGGCAUAUGGCUCAUGCUGUGGAUCCCUAUCUUGAUGCUUAUGAUGGUUAUUAUCCCCAUCGCCUUGUUUCCCACGUGUCUCCGUGAGCUCAAGCUGUACAUUUGGCCACCAGUGCCCAACCUUGACAAAGUCCUACAAGGCUUUCUGACAGAGCUCAAUGGGCCGAGAUGGGAUCCUCCAUCAACACAAAAGCAGUGUUUUGAGGAAACCACUUCAUCUGUGGUGGAGAUAAUGUCUGAUAAUGAGGUUUCAGGAUUGGGGAAGCCAUCAGAGACUUCCACCCUGCUCCUGUCACCAAGCGGAAGCUUCUCCAGCACAGAACAGGUAGAUGGAAGUCCUGGAACUGGACACUUUCCAGACUAUGUGACUCUGAACAGAGACAGUAUCAUCCUUUGCCCAAAAGGGAACACGUAUGUCUACGAGCAGGUCAGAGAGAAAGAAGACCCGCCGGUGAAGGAGGAGCUCAUCAAAAAAUGUCACUCUUCCUGCACUAAUGGCUCAGCCUGUACUCCACCCUGCUUAGGCACAGACUUCCUCAACCAUUCCUACUUACCUCUGGCUGAGUCUGCAGACAAAUUUGACUGCAAGGUCACUGCUGCAAGGGGGCCAGGCAACCUCUAUACCAAUUUCCCCUGUAGCUAAAUGUACUUUGUUUCCACUGGUGCAUAUUUGUUGUAUAAAGUGCAGCUCUCUUUUUGACACAAUAACUCACUGUAAAUUCAUAGAUGUACUGCAUUUCUCCUGCUGUGGAUAAAGCUUUGAUAGCAAUAAAAACGAUUUGUUUCAGGAUAAACACACGCCAUGGCUUAUGCAAAGGUCAGUUACCAUGUGUUCAUAGUGUAAUGGGGGUUAGUUUUGAUUAUGGCAUCACUCUUGAUGCAGUCUUUUGUAGCUGAAAUGCCAUUACGAUUUGAAGAUUAGAUUAGAUUUCAAGAAUAUCUAUUAUCUAAUAUCUAUUUCUAUGACACUUGGCUCAAAUGCUGUUGAAUAUAUUUGGGCAUGAUAUAUUAUAUAUUAGUUUAUCUACUGCUGUAUCUUUUUAUGUCCACUAGAGGGAAGACUAGAUCACAAGAUACUUUGUGAGAUUGCAAGAAAAGACCACACUGUGUUUUUAGUGCUCAAGAAGACUGUAUAAGCACACUGUUAACAAUAACUGGUGCUUCUGUGUGCUUAGAGUACCUUCGAUAAGAAAAGUAAAGAAAAAGAAAGAAGAAAAACAAUGUCAAAAAGAAGGUGCCAUUAGAGAUUGGGACUAUUGCACAAGGGUUUAGUUUAGAUUUGUACAUUUCUUUUUAUUAAGCAUUUGAAUGUCACCUCCUCUGUAUGUUUUCUUACAUUCUUUUUCCUUUGCCUUGCCAUUGUUUAUUGUUAUAUACUCAUUAACUCAUUUAUAUUGUACAUAUUCCUUGUGGGUAAGAAGUCUAAAAAGUUUAGGAGGACAUUUAUGUGACAUGUAACCCAAAAAAAUUAAAUAAAUAAAUAAAAUAAAAAAAUAAAAAACUGUAAAAGCCAAGAUAAGCUUUUAGUUCAUCAUGCAUUACAUUGUAACAUAAGGGUUUGUAUUCUUGUCAAUAAACAUUGAGCUGUUUUC